AUGACCCGGGAAAUGACAGAUGACAAUGCACAGUACGAGACGAAACUGCUCGCAAAGACGCAGCAGGCGCCGUCUGCGUCGCCUUUGGAUAUACUUCCCCAUUUGUGCACCCCUUCUAGCACAUCAACAUUUACACCAGAUACAUUGCACGCAUCGUUUGCCGCGGAUGCGUACGAGAUGAACAACUAUACACACUCCAACGAUAUGGCCGCUGCCAAUGCUGUGCGCAAUACUACUACGCCAUUCUACAAGCCCAUGCAAGCGAUGCCGAGGGAAAGUGAGCCGUUGAACGGCAUGAAUGAAACAUUUACACUGCAUCCCAUGUUUGGCGCACCGCCAGCGAUGCCGUUGGGCCAAGAAAGUUUGCGCAACGGCUGCGACAAGACUGCCGCGCCGCUGCAAGGUUCGCAGCUUGGCGGCACGGCAUGGCUCGGACUGGGCGGCCCUGAGCCGAGUAUAGCUGGCGAGCAGGGCAGCGGCACCGAGCUCAACAUUCUCAGCGAGUUUCUCGAAGCGCUCGACGACCCGAAAAUGGAGCGCAACGACACGCUGUCUGUCCCAUACAAGCCAGAACCUACCGCUGGGAUCUCAGGUAUGGUGCAGCGCACGCAAAGCAGCGACCUUUUGAAUACGCCGCCGUCCAUGAUCGAUUUGGGGAGCGAGGGCACGAGCCUUGGCACCGACGGCAGCGCACUCCCGCUCUUGUCCCCACAGCACACAGCCUACCACAGCGGCGCUCCGGCGCAUGAAUGCAAACGCACUGCAACCGAGCCGCUCGGCGACGGCAAUCCUCCGAUGUUCAGCACGGCGCCGCAGCGCGAUCGCGACAGCGAUCGGCAGCAAGCGCCGUACCCUGCAUCGCUCAGCAAGACCGCGACCAAGACCGAGCGAUUUUUGCUCACCGCCGCGGACCAAACCGACGGAAGUCGCGACGAGCGUCUGCGCCAAGUCAUCCAGGCCAAGUGCGAGGCCGGUUUGCUGCGCCCCUACAACCACGUAAAUGGCUACGCGCGGCUGAACCGCUGGAUGGAACUGAACGUGUCGCCUUCGUCGCGGCGGCGCAUCCUCAAGCCCCUCUCUGUGUUCCGCCCCGUAUUUUAUUCAAUUGCUAAGAACCUGACCAACUUUGACCUGAUUUACAUCGAGGAAGCGUUCGAGCGCUUGCUCCUGGACUACGACCGCGUCUUCUCCAUCCAAGGCACGCCCGCAUGCCUCUGGCGCCGCACGGGCGAGAUCUACAAAGGGAACAAGGAGUUUGCCGAGCUUGUCGGUGUCCCGAUCGAGAGCCUGCGCGAAGGGCGGCUGUGCAUUUAUGAGCUCAUGGCCGAAGAGAGCGCCGUGAACUACUGGGAGAAGUACGGCUCCGUUUCUUUCGAUCCCAGCCAGAAAGCCGUGCUCACCAUGUGCAAGCUGCAUACUAAGAACGAGCAGCUGGUCACUGCCAGCAUGGACGGCGAGCCGCCGAACGACGCAGCCAAAGAAACACGUGAUGUAGAUACCCGCACGGAAACUACCAAGCCUACCGAGUCUGUCAAGCCUACGGAGCCGCGCAAACAAGCAUCGUGUAUUUCGUGCUGCUUCAGCUUCACGAUUCGCCGCGACAAGUACAACAUCCCCACCAUGAUUGUCGGCGUACGUUUCCCUCUGCGCACACUGACUGCAGAAUUUCCUGCCCACGCACCCUAUCCAGGGCAAGGGGGCAAUGUAGCAGGCGCGUCCAAAAAAAGACAGCAUGUUUGUCGCAGUCUGCAUCAGUAUUUCUACCAAACGAUUGGACGUUUCCUUGCGCGUGACUUGCGCAAGGGGCUUUCGUAG